AUGGAUCGAUUCCUUCAAGUUUAUCUCGGCUUCCUCUCACCAUUUUGUAAGUCAUUUUUGUCACUUCUGGGGAACCGUCUUAGUGGUCCGAUUCCUGGUGAAAUUGGUGUUAUUUCUACACUUGAAGGACUGGUCUUGGAAGAUAAUCUGCUCGGUGGAUCUCUACCUUCCAGCCUCGGAAAUUUGGGCCGCUUGAGUAGACUUUAUCUUUCUUCGAACAAUUUUACCGGCAGAAUACCGAAAUCAUUCGGCAGUUUGAAGAACUUAACUGAUUUCCGAAUAGAUGGAAGUAGUCUGUCUGGGAAGAUACCUGAUUUCAUAGGGAAUUGGACUAAACUUACAAGACUGGACAUGCAAGGCACAUCAAUGGAAGGACCGAUUCCUUCAACGAUAUCCGAGUUAAAGAGCUUAACUGAUUUGUGA